CCCUGUUGCUUCCUCCCUAGCAGCCCCCAGACCCUCCUCGACCUCCUCGCUGGCUGGAAUCGGGACCAAGAUGGCGUCGGACCCCAUUCUGGGCAGCUGCACCUCAGUGAACACCGUCUGCUCGGACAGCGACCGCCCCGUCAGCCUCAGCUCUUCGGCCUCCUCCGCCUCUUUGCAGGACGGCUCUAGCGCCUUCGGCAGCAGCAUCGGGCUCGGGGGCUGCCCGCCUCCUUACUCCCAACAGAACGGCAGCGACAUCAGCCUGGAUUUGACCCCCGUGACGCUGCUGGACCGGCUGGCCGACACCCCGGGGGACGGGCAGCAGUGCUGUGGCUGGGCGCCGGGUCCCGGCCGGGCCAAAGAACGCCGGAUCAAGCCAUCCCACCUGGACCGGGUGGUGCUGGAGAUUGUGGAAACCGAGCAAGCUUACGUCCGGGAUCUCAGGAGCAUCGUGGAGGAUUACCUGGGCUGCAUUAUCGACUGCGGCCAGGUGUCUCUGAAACCGGAACAAGUCGGCGCUUUGUUUUGCAACAUCGAGGACAUUUACGAGUUCAACAG